CACUUGAGUGGGUUUGGCAGGGGGAAAUGUGUUAGCUUUGCUUUCUCCUGACAAUAUUCCCUCUCCCCUGUCCUCUUCCACCUCCUCUCAUCGGCCUCCGUGCUCCCUCUAAAUCUAUCUUGCUCUGCAUCUUAUUUUUUAAUUGCUCCCCCUUUGUUAUUUUCAUCAACACAACUUACCACCUUUACUCACCAUCUUAAUAUAUAAAAAAUUAUGCCAACUUUUGAUCAUAAACAUGCAAAUUUAACCACUUUUUUUCAUUAGUUUUAUACCCUUUUAUUUUCAAGUCACUCCCGUUUGACUACUAAUUCUCUUCCUCAUCCUUUUUUUAUUAUUAUUAAGGAAACCCUAGAUCAACUCUGUUCUGUUCUUUUUUAUUUUUUAAAAAGUAAAAAACUUUAACUUUCUAGGGUUCUUAUUUCUUCCCCAAAUGCCACCCUUUGAUUGCUAAAAAAAGCUUGGAUCUUUUUGAGUUUUGGUGAAGAUGGAUUUUUUCAAAGUAAAAAAGUUCAGAAAAGCUCAUAAACCAGACCCAGAGAAGGAUUCAGAGGUUGAUAAGCCUGUGCCUCAGCCAGAUGAAGUUAUAGAGGAGAGUGGUGGCAAUGUGGUUGAUAAGUCUGUUGAUCCUGUAUCUGAAACUGAAGCUGAGGAUGAUGAUGAUGAUUUUAUAACCAAUGAGGUGAAGAAGAGGCUGAAAGAAUUAAGAAGGAAUAGUUUUAUGGUGCUGAUACCUGAGGAAGAGUCAUGCCUUGAGGAGGAUGAGGAGGGUGAUGAGGAGGUUGAAGGUGAGACGAGCUCUUGUGAAUGGAGAGAUGUGGAAGCUGAGGGGAGGAAAUGGUGGAGUGGUUUUGAUGCUGUGUAUGAUAAGUACUGUGAAAGAAUGCUGUUCUUUGAUCGAAUUAUGGUGCAGCACCUCAAUGAAGCUGUGAUUACGCCUAUGACUCCAUCGCCAAAAUCUGCAUCGAAGAAGCUAGCGUCCCCGUUCAGUUGCCUUUCUCUGAAAAAGAUUGAAGAACCUGAAGAUGAAACAGAGCAUCUGCAGCAGCCACAGAAUGAUCCAUAUCAGGAUCUUGAAACAGCAUAUGUAGCUCAAGUUUGCUUGACCUGGGAGGCACUUCACUGCCAAUACACUCAACUGUGUCACAAAAUCUCGUGCCAGCCUGAAAGCUCAACGUGUUACAAUCACAGUGCUCAGCAAUUUCAGCAGUUCCAAGUCUUAUUACAAAGAUUUAUUGAAAAUGAACCUUUUGAGGAAGGUUUUAGAGUAGAAAUUUACGCUCGUGCAAGGAAUGUUUUACCCCGGCUGCUCCAGGUCCCGAAUGGGAAAGGUUCAGAUAAGAAAGAGACAGGGGAGUUGGAGUCUGAUUCAGUGGUUCUCGCCCCGGAUUUUAUGAGAGUAAUGGAGACUGCGAUCCUCACGUUCCAACUUUUCUUGAAGAUGGAUAAAAGAAAAGGAAGCAAAGUUAUGAGUUUAUUCGGAAAUCAGAGUCAAAUAACAACCCCUCUGCAACUGAUUCAAUCUUCACUCGACAAAAAAAGGAUGAAGCUGAAGGAGCUGUGUAAAAAGAGUAGAGCUUGGAAAAAGAAAGGAUGGCCUCAACGGUACGAGGAUGUAGAGGUGCUGUUAGGUCUAAUAGAUGUGAAAAUGUUGAGCAGAGUUUUAAGAAUGUCGAGGAUCGGUAAAGAUCAGUUGAUAUGGUGCGAAGAAAAGAUGAAAAAGCUAGAUUUACGCGAUGGGAAGCUGCAAAGAGAUCCAUGUCCCAUUCUGUUUCCUUGUUAAGUAGAUGUGUAGAGAAGAUGAAGCAGUCUUGAUUUAAUUUUAGAGACUGAUAUCUAAAUUUGACUACUAUAUGAUAGAGUUGUCCUCUGGGAAAUAGUAUGAACAGAGGACUGUUGAUGAUGUACCUUCCAUUUUUAUGGAGGGAAGCUGAAAAAAAAAGGUAUCUGUCUAAAUCUGAUUUAUCUAUUAGAAUUGUGUAAAUUGUUGUGUCUUUCAUAAUUUUAGCACAAUUUUAAUUUUGGUAAUUUGAAAUAUAAAUCACCAUUAUUUUUGUAAGUA